AUGAAUCUAAAUUCCGGCGUUUUUGGUCACACAAUUUCUCCAUUUGUAAUAUAUAAACACGGAUUUAAGGAGGAUUCAACAUCAUUUGAUAAAGAUUCUCGAUCUUAUGCAACUUCCGAUCACAAAACUGAUGAAAACAGUGAUUCCAAUGCCAAUAGUUCUUCAAUUACCACAUCAAACGACAGUAAUAAUAAUAAUAUAAGUGUUGUUAUCGAUACAGAAAAUUGUAUUACACUUGAAAAUGUAAUAAUCACUGAUAAUGGCUCUGUGAGUGAGAACGCUCAGAAAUGCCCAUCCUCAGAUUAUACAUCUAAAGAUGACAAUCCUGAGAUGUCAGCCUCUGAAUCUUCAAGUAGAUCAAAUAAUCUUCAACCAGAUGAUGAGCCUACAUUGGACUUGAAAUAUUACAAAGAAUUUGCAAAGAAUUUCAAUAUGAUGGCCAAAGACGAUGUUGCAUACACCAAGUUCAUUGAUGAAGUUAAUAUGAACGAGGUGAAGGCCCUUUUAUACGGAACAUGGCGUCCAGAAGAUAGCGAAAAAAUGUGGCUGGAAAUUACAGGACCAGAACGUGACAGCAAUAUUAUUUUUUUAGACUCACAGAUCAUAACAGAAGAGGAUUUAAUAAAGUCAAAAGAUAAACCAGAAGUUAUACUCUCAUCAGAACAUAUGUAUGAUUUUGUGAUGUAUCAAGUCCAUAAUCGCACUUUCAAUAAUAAACUCAGAUUUAAUACUAAAUACGUAGUUUUAUUCGGAGGAACAAGUAUUAAAGAUAAUUCGUUCAAUCAGUACUACGUUAAUAUGUCCACAUUCCUCCACGGUUUAAAUAAAAUCAUAGUGAGCGAUAAGUUGUAUUUUUUGGAUGCUCAGAGCUUUAGACCAAAUUGGGAGCUGUUGGAUACUAAGAACACUCCAGAACCACGAGCUUUUCACGCCUCAUGUGUUAUCUACGUAACUCUUGACACACCAAUUCUUCUUGUUUGUGGAGGUUUUACACAUAAUAAACUACUUUUGGAAACACAUUUACAUGUUUUAAACCUGGGCUCUGAAAAUCUGACAUGGUCCAUCUUUCAAACAUCAGGACCAAGUCCUCCUAAAAGAUUCGGUCACUCACUUGCACAGGUCGGAAAUUAUGUUGUACUAUUUGGAGGCUGUGACGGGUCAAAUUUGCUUAACGAUUUGUGGUCGUUGAAUAUAAACUACGGUACAUUUCUAGUGCCCGGGAAAAUUAGUUCAAAUUCGUGGAUGAAAGUACCAUUUAGAGGUCUUACACCUCCACCCAGAGCAUUUCACUCAACUUGUAAAACAGGCAUUUCAUCAAACUCACCAAUGAUUAUUUAUGGAGGAUUAGGUGGUCAAGUGUCACCUAGAACGAGACUUUAUGCACUUCAUUCAAUCAGAGACGAUUCGCUUGUUUGGAGUAUAUUACCGGUGUAUGUUAAGUGUCCUUCAGAAUCAAGAACAUUCCAAACGAUGACAUUUGUGAAUAAUUGUGUGGUAAUAACGGGUGGUGACGAUUUCAAGAAUGAAAAUGUAAAGAAUAUCAAGUCACUUUGCUACUCACUUGAAACCAAAUCAUUUCGAUAUGUUGAAGAUGUUGUUAAUCUGGUACUUCUAUUAGUAGUUAUAUAUUUGUUGUCUGGACAUCAAUCGUGGACUGCAUUUGGAAUGUUAUAUCAUUGGGGAGGGGUAAGAAAUGAAGGUGGCAAGAUUUCAUCUGACGACUCUAUUUCAAUUUCAAAUCCUCUCAGUAAGCCACUUUAUUUUAAAUUUGAAUUAGUAUAUUGUGAUGAGUCUAAUAUUGAUGAACUCUAUAUCAAGUAUAUCCAGUACGCCUCAAUGGUUGUAACCAGUGCCAACAAAUUAUGUGGUAGCAAUAAAACGUCGAACUCUGCAACUUCAAAUGAUAAGAUUAAAGCUUCUGAACCUAAACCAUCAAAUGAUAAACAACAGAAUCGAGUUAAUUUAGAUAAAAGUGGUGAGGUAAAGACCAAUGUAAUCGAUUUGGGUACCAAUUCAACAAAUGUUACAAAUCAAGGUGAAAAACCUUUAAAUGUAGUCCAAAAAUCAGAUAAACCAACGGCACAGAACAGCUUAGAAACUGUAAAACAUGAUCCCGUCCCUAUCACUGAAACUGCAAAACCUACGGAUACUGUAGGUCGGCCUAGGCCUAGGCGUUCAGCAGCUUUGAAGUGCUUAUCGACAAUUGAAGAGGACAACUUGAGGCACAAGGAGAUGGAGAAAUCAAAGGAAUAA